AGUUUUCUUAAAAGGCUCUCAUUUUCUUAGCCUCACAUGUCAUAUGUAAAUGCACAGUCACUCUUUUGUGGCUCACAAUAUUGCAUAGUCAUUGUGACAUGCACUGCGCCUUUAAAUAAUCCGAAUCUGAAGAGAUGUCAUCUGCAAAGGAAGUAAGCCAUGACAAACCCAAAACGUCAACACAGUAUAAAAACACACCUGUCGUAGCAUGAACUACUGUAUAUACAACAGCGAAUAAUAGUGUAGUGGGCAUUUGUGUAUAAAUAAGCGUCUUGAUCAGUCUGGGUGUAUUGGUGGCGCUCACAAACUGAGAGCUAGCUAUUGUGAUAGGGAGAUAUAUACAGUAGGUGUUUAUGAUGAUCAGAAAAGUUUCUAAGGUGGUUUUGAGCGUCGAACAGUCCGAAGGAGUCGGGGCUCGAGUUCGCAGGAGUAUUGGACGGAGAGAGCUAAAAAAUCUAGACCCGUUCUUGAUGUUAGAUGAAUUCUGCAUCGCCAAACCAGCUGGCUUUCCUGAUCAUCCUCACCGUGGAUUUGAGACGGUAACAUACUUGUUGAGUGGAGUAACGGCCCAUGAAGACUCCUGUGGUCACAGCGGGAAGCUGGAACCUGGAGACCUUCAGUGGAUGACUGCAGGUCGUGGGGUGAUUCAUGCUGAGAUGCCUGUGUCGGAUGGACGCAUUUAUGGUCUUCAGCUUUGGGUAAAUCUGAAAAGCACAGAUAAGAUGGUGGAGCCUCAGUACCAGGAGCUAAAGAGCAAGGAGAUUCCUAAACCUAGCAAAGAUGGAGUCACUGUGACCGUCAUCUCUGGUGAAGCUCUUGGAGUAAAGUCAAAGAUUUACACGAGGACUCCAACCAUGUAUCUUGACUUUUUGCUGAAGAAAGAUGCAAAACACAUGCAGCCUGUUCCAAAAGGUUGGACAGCUUUCAUCUACACCCUCGCAGGUUCUUUAUGCACUGGCCCAGACAAUGAUUUGCGGACAAUAGAGCCACACCACACGGUGGUUUUGGAAGGUGGUGACUGCGUCAGAAUGGAAAACAAGGCUGCUGAGGACUCUCACUUUGUGUUAAUUGCUGGCGAACCCAUUAAUGAGCCUGUAGUUCAGCAUGGGCCCUUUGUCAUGAACACACAAGAAGAGAUUGACAAGACCAUCUCAGACUACAGAUCAGCCACUAAUGGAUUUGAGAGAGCAAAAGUCUGGCGAUCAAAGAUUGGUCAACAGUUUUAAAGUGUCUUCAAGAUCCUUCUCUGAGGGAAUAUAUCUACUUUGGUGCCUUUACCUUCAGCUUCAGCAGCUCCGAACAUACAUUAGGCCAGGGAUCACUAAACUUGUUCCUGGUGGUCUGGUGUCCUGGAGAUUUUAGCUCCAACCCUAAUCAAACACACCUGAACAAGCGAAUCAAGGUCUUACUAGGUAUACUUGAAACACCCAGGCAGGUGUGUCGAGGCAAGUUGGAGCUAAACCCUGCAGGGCACCAGACCUCCAGGAACGAGAUUGGUGACCCCUGCAUUAGGAUAUUUAAAUUGUACAACUGACAUUUAUUUUAAAGCAAGAUAGUAUGUACUGAAAUUUUAAAUAAAGUAUUAGUCGUCUUUCUAGUAUGUUUAUUAAUAGAUAUUGUGCUCAAGGACACUUUCAUACAUCAGCUUAAAUCAUCUCAGGGCUCAGUGGGUAAAGUCAAUUGAAUUUGUUGAUGACUGCAUAUAAUACAAUGACACUGAUAUAUUUUAUGUGUAACUUAAGGGUCCAAAAUAUGCUUUAUAUGUGGAAUGUUACUCAAAAUAUUGCUGACCAUUACAUAGGCCAUUUAUUCUGAUGUAUUGCUUAAAAUGUGUGUGACUUUCCUAUGUACUAUUUCUGUUUUUGGUUUGUACUAUGUCUCUGUAUCUGAUCACAACAUGAUUUUCUUACCUAAAA